AUGACAGCCAAGCUAGUCCUUCCCCUGCUCAGCGUGUUCGCGCUGUACGCCAUCUUCUACUUCGCCGAAAUCAAUGGCUUGAAUCGUCUGGCACAGGAAGCCAUCUCGGCAAAGACACUGCCAGGCACCAAUGAGCCUCUACGCACCGUCUAUACGGGUAUUACGCAGGUGGAUAAUGUGCUAGCUGCGUUGACCACCUUUUUCUGGCCUGCCACGGAUGGCAGUAAUCUUACCCUGACGCUGCAUUCCAUCGCUUUCUCUGGCACUUUUGGUGCUGCCUGGACCUUGGUGACUCUGGAGUCCUGGAGACGUGGAAAUGCCUGGACGAUCGCUGCAUUUCCCACGAUGUUCGGCCUCCUCGCGCAGGUACUCACCUUCGCCUUCGCCACGCCCCUGUACUGCGCGUUUCAGCUACACAACUCCAUCACGGCGCGCAAGCCCAAUGCUGAGAACAUCCGCAUUCCUCGCGCAGUUCUAAAUGCCAUCCCUCUGGUCUUUAUCCUUGGAUUCAUGGUUCCUACGUUGCUGAUGAUCCUGCCCGUUUCGGAGCACGUCACCGUCGACCUGAAGCAGAUCUUUAUUGCAUCCUGGCAUCCCUGGCCUGCAUAUGUUGCGAUUGCUCUCACCAUAAUUAACAUUGUCUUCAGUCCCUUUGUGAGCAAUGAUCAAUCGGUUGAAGGUGCACGCGCGAAUCUCCGGUCGCUGCGAUUCGUGUAUGCCUUUGCAUUCGCCAACGCUGCGUUGACCCACCUCAUCUCGUGGAUCGUAUCUCUGGCUACUGUGCUUGUCCCCGCCAUCUUUGAGAAGCGGCUGUUGGCAGUUUUGCAUCCGUUCAAGGUGUUCGAGAUUGCCUUGCCUUGGACAAAGCCAGCAUUGCAAGUGAGCGACAUCGGGGAGGGUGUACAUGUGUUCCUGCGCUGGGAUUAUCUGAUUGGCUCCGCGGGAGUGCUGGUUUGGGCCUUGAGUUUGUAUAAGACUGCUCAUCUGGUUGUUUAUGGCAAGGUUGAAUGGCUGGAUCUGCUAAAGAAAACUGUGCUGUUGGUAACUCUGGUCGGGCCCGUGGGGGCUGCGGUCGAGUUGAUGUGGGAGCGCGAUGAGUUGAUCAUUUAUGAGACUGGAGGGAUGAAGAGAGAGACUUCACGAGAGAAGAAAACUUCUUGA